UUUGUAUUGAACUCUGGCUCCUGUGUGUAAUGAAAGCAAAAUCAAUAGUUUACUUGAUAUUUUUUGUUUACUGAUUUUCAUGUCUUGACCUCAUACUCUUUUCUUUUUUAAAUCUCUUAAGAGAUGGGGGCCUGGAGUAUGGCACAGUGGCUAAGUAAGUGGUUUCACGAAGAGUGCUCUGAAGAAGAAGAAAAAGAAGAAGAAGAAGAAGAAUUUUCACUUAAGCAGCCACCCAGAGACCCUUUGCUGCAGUUGAUCUCCCUCCAGAAGGCGUCUGGCAGCUGGGAGCUGGAUUCAGCUCUGGCUGCUGCACUGGGAAAAACCAGCAAGGAGGUGGAAAAGCCAAAGCCUGCAUCGGUGAACCAGGAAGUGUGGGCCACCAUUCUGGCUCUGAUCUGGCUUCAUGGCUCCAAGAUGGAUGCUCAGGAUGAGUGGGAGCUUCUGGCCAUGAAGGCUGUGUCAUGGCUCCGUGCUCAGAAUGCACCACGUGUGACAGAGUGUGUGGAAGCUGGAAAUACUCUGUUGGGUUUCAACGUGAAGAAAGACGCCCUGGGACUCUGAAGUUUACAUGUGCUUUAGAAACACUAAAUUACAGAUUAACCCUCGAGAUGUCAGCAUACAUUUCAGGCCAAAUUGUACCAAGUUUAAGAACUGCCUGCUUUAACCAUGAUGUUUUUUGUGUUUUCCUUUUUAAACAUUGUACAUUUUGUAAUGUUAAUGGAAGGUUAGUAACAGCUGAGUCGGAGGGUUGUUUGUGCCUUAAAAUGAAUAUUACAUUUCAGUUGACAUCUUGCACUCAGGCUGCACACAGUUUUCUAUGGGGUGCCAUUUG